AUGACUGAAUUACGCGAAUCGACCAUGUCGAGAUUGGCCUUAGUUUUGGUUUCCGUCCUGGUAGCGGUAGGCUCCACCCAAGCAGCGGCAGUCAAUAGAAGGCUUCGGCAAAACACUCCGGAAAAUAUCAAACGGCUUCGCAGUCUGCAACCGGAUGAUCUGAAGGAAGAGUUCAGUGGCCAGUUCGAAGGUGACAUCGUGCUAACCGAAGAACAGGAGAACGCCAUCUUCUCGCUCAGUCGAAAUGGACGGGUUAACCUGGCCUAUCGGUGGCCCAACAAGGUUAUCCCCUUCGUGAUUACUGAGGAUCAUUUCACUCCUGAACAGGUUGCCCACAUUCAUCGGGGAUUGCGGCUGAUCGAAACGCAAACUUGUCUGACAUUCAAGCCACUAACCGAUGAGAGGGACUACAUUCGUGUGAUUGGAAACGAAAAAUCCGGCUGCUGGUCCUAUGUUGGCUUCUUGGGCAUCGGUGAGCAGCAGUUGCAUCUGGAUCCGAGUGCGGUGGAUACGGGUUGCUUCCGAAUUGGGACGAUUGUUCAUGAAUUUAUCCACGCCCUUGGCUUUUACCAUAUGCAAAGUGCUACCGAUCGGGAUGAUUUCGUGGAAAUUUUGUACGAGAAUAUUCAGGAUGGAAAAGAGAACAACUUUGCGGCAUACGACGAGAGUUCGGUGACGAGUUUCAACGUGCGCUACGACUAUGGCAGCGUGAUGCACUACAGUGGGUUAUCGUUCAGCAAAAACGGGUUGCCCACGAUUGUACCGAAGGAUCCAAACGCAGUUAUUGGACAGAGGGCAGGCAUGAGCGAACGGGACAUUUCCAAACUCAACCUUAUGUAUCAGUGUUUGAAGAAGGACUGA